UUCAAACAUGAAUUACCCUAGAAAUUCAACCCAUCUAAAGGAUUGGUUAUUUUCAAAAGAUAUGUUAAAAAAAAAACGUAUGGAUGUGUAUAAUGAAGCCGAAUCUUCUUUUUAUAAAAAAAUACAAAAUUCUGGAGGAGAUAUUCAUCGAUUAGCAUAUCCAAGUUAUGAUGAUAUGUGCCAUUUAAUUCAAUAUUUUACUGCUCAAUUAAUUUUUGUAUGCACUGAAAAACAUUUGGAUUAUAAAGUUGCCAAUACAGCAGUUUGUUUUUUCACACGAUUCUACCUAUGUAAAAGUCCCUUAAAUUACGAUCCACGUCGCAUACUUUUAACAUGCAUUCUAUUAGCUGUUAAAGUAGAAGAAUGUCGUUCUUGUUGUUCAAUUCAACAUUUUUGUGAUGGAUUAAUAUCAAGUAAAGCUCGUCUUAAAGAAGUGGUGGAAAGUGAGGUCAUUGUUUUGGAAGCUUUAUCUUUCAGUAUACGCGUUCUGCACUCAAGAUCUUCAAUCCAUCAUUAUACUACAGAAUACUUCCAAACAUAUAAACCAUCAAAUGAUGAUGUUUCUUAUGCACAAUUUAAUCAGAAAAUCAUUCGAUUAAAUAGUGAAGCGGAAAAAUUAGCUUUACAAGUGUGUGAAGAUAAUGAAAUACCUUUUCUUUUUUCCCCUUCUUAUAUUGGAACCGCUUGUUUUUUAUAUUUAUCUAAGCUUGAUGAUGAUUUUAGUAAUGCUGAAAUUUUUUUUGAAUCGAUGGUACAAAAAACUCAUGAAACCUACUCUUUAUCGAUUGACACAGUUCGACCUGUGUUAUUAGAUCUUCAAAGCCGCAUAACUUGUUUUGUUGUACAUAAAAAGAAUGAAUUAGUGGAUGAAAGUGCAAAAACUGCUUUUAAAACGAUAAAGCAAAUUGAGCGUUUAAUUAAAACGCUGAAUAAAUCUGUUUUAAAAGCAGCGAAUAAGACCUUAGUGCAACCUCUAACAAUCAAAAUACCCAACAGUAUGACUUUAGAUACAGUCGAAAGAUCUGAGGAACUUUUAGUAAAGGAUCCCACUGCAGAUGUGGUUCUCGCGCCUACAAUGACGAGUAUUGAGCAAGAGCAACAAACAUGUACACCUCACAUUAAACGUUGUCGUGUUGAUACAGAAGAUAAGGAUACUUUUUUGUGUUAAGUGAUUCUUUUAAAAUAAAAGUGACUAUUGGAGUUGUUUCAUUUUUCACCUGGACCAAAAAAUAAAUGGGGACUUCUUUUGUUUGGCGUUUACAAAAUUCUGCGUACUACAAAUAAUUCGUUCAACGAAAUGAUACUGUUUUUCUUCUGUGGAGUAGAAAAGGAAAAAUAAUGAAUUGUUAUACAUGUUCUGUGGAUUUCGACAAGGAAAUGUUUUUUUUUAAUAAGGGUUUUAUAUAAAGAUAAGGUUUUUCAAGUACAGCUAAAGGCUUAAAACAAAUAGGCAUUUCACGACUGUUUUGUCGCAAAAACAUUUCGUCAGGGAUACAAAGCAUGAAAGAAUAUUGGGAAUUAUCAGUGAAAGUCUACAAUAGAAAUGGUACAACAAAAAAAAGGAAUUGGAUUUUAAAUCAUUUAUGAGAGGUUAAUUGAGUACAUACUUUUGUUUGAAAAUUUCCUUGAUUAACCAACUCGUUGGUUUCUUCAAUAUUAUCAUGGUCCUUUUUUUUCACAUAAACUGUAUAAUUAAUCACAUCUUUUUUAGCGGGAACAGGUUGAUUUUCUUUUAAAAUAAAAUAAGGUUUCGAGCGAGGGAAGGAUUGCGAAAUGGUUGCAUUUUCAAAUGUUAUACGAAUAUAUUCUAUUUCUUGAAUGCUUGGAUGAGGUAAAAUAGAAAAAACCUGUGAAAUCAUAGUAGUACUAAAGAUGACUAGUAUUAAGGUUUUUAUUUGACCUGCCGUGGUUUCAAAUGAGAAUGAAUUGGAUGCUUUAAUUGAAAAGAUGUUUGAUUUAAAGAUGCUGUAUUGGAUGGGCUUUUAAUAAUAGACGCCAUUUUGUUUUGUUUUGAUUCUUUGAAUGCUACCAAGGACUCUUGUGAAGAUGUUUUUGUUUUUUGUAAUAAAUCUUCAACAAGUAAAGCAUCUUGGUAACAUAAACGUGUAGAUGAUGGUGUGUAUGUGUUAUGCGGAUAGAUAAUAUCAGGUAGAGGACCGAUUUCCGAAAUUCCAAAAAAUUGGAACGCUACAUUCAAAUAUUUCAUAUUGUUGAGAGGUGUCUGCUGAAGUGUCAUUACAAUAACCAAUACUUCCCUUAAAAAAAGAUUCGACAUUUAUAUACUUCUUCUUUUGAUGAUUCCUUCCAUUUUCUCCUUUAUUUUCAACAGAUUUUAUUAAUGUCAUUUCUAGGCAAAUGGAUGCGAUGAUCAAAUUCGUGUCUUAGCGCAAUUCUUAAAAAGAAGAUUAACUUUAUAUAGUAUUGAAAACGAAUAUUUUUUCUUUAUUGUUUUAUUUCAUACAAAAAAAUAUUUGAUUUUUUUAUAUUUUUUAAAUAAACAAUUUUUUUUUCUUCUUUAAAAAACUGAAUUCAUUUAUUAGACCUGGUUACUAAGGCGAAUUAUUUUAGUAGACCGUCUAGGCUAUGUGAUUAAAGAAUCAUAAUAAAUUGGUAACAAAAACAAAAAAAUUUUAACAUGAUUUCUGACGGAAGCCUAGGAAUGAGAUCCAACUUGUGCUUGGUGACCAUGAACUUGUGUGAAGAAAUUGAUUUCUAGUCGUCAUCAUCUUUGGACGUUUCCUUACUUGUCAAUUUUGUGAAUAAUUUCAAUGGACGUCUUAGGAUCUUUUGAAUGUUAUGAAAGGACAAAAAAACAAGAGUCUUUAGGUACUUUAACGCUUUCAAAAGAAUCACUUUUCUUUCAACAUAAAAAUUCGUCAAAAUGUACAAAACAUGGUAUCAAAAAUUAUACAGCGCAUCGUCAACAUGCAAAACAACCCAUGAUUCAAUUACGUUUCACAACAGAAAAUGGAGUGGAAGAUGUCACUUUUGUUUUUCGCGAUGAUGAAAAGCCACGCCUUGAUCUAUUAAAAGAGUUCAUAACGUUAUUUACUAAUAUAUUUAAACUUUUGAAUACGCGUGAAUCUUUUGCUAGUAACGAAACUAAAACUUUUUUUUCGCCUGCAUCGUCAAAACUAACAAGUGGACCUUCCAAUGUGUUACCUGCGUUUUAUUCGACGACAAGUGACAAAAAAGAGUCCCUAUCAAACAAAACAACUGAAACACAAGACUUGUCCUGUACGACUGAUAAGAUUUUGAAAGAACAAUGUUCAGAAAUACGGAAGAAAAAUCCUUACCUUAAUAAGUCUUACCAACAAUUAGUUGAGAAAGGCAUUCUUUCUGAACAAAGUUUCUGGAAAGACUAUCAAAUGGAACUUGAGCUAUUUAAACAAGAAACACCGGGGAUCGAGUCCCACAGUGACUUUUUUAAUAUAACCAAUACCAUGGAUACUAAAAGGAUAACGGUCGAUGCACAACAAUUAACACCAAAAGUGAAGGAAGAUAUUUUGAAAGAAUUUCGAGCCAUAGCGGACUUGCACACGGAAAAUGUUCCUUACAAAAUGUCAGAAGAUCAUUUCUGGAAUCUAUUUAUUCAAAGUCGCUUAUUUUUUGAAUUGUUGGAAUUGGAUGUUCCGUCCAUUGCAGAUACCUCAUUCUUCCCUUCGCUCGAAACCAUCGUUUCGUCAUCAAAACCACCCAUUCACAAUGCUUUAGAGUUAGAACAAUGUGUUCCUUACGAUAUUAAUCUUGUAGCAUCGGAAGAUUUAGUACGACCAGGGUAUGGUACUCUCACAGGACGUGGUGCUCUUGUUGGGGAUAUGUCAUGCCAGCCUUAUCGUCGUCAUAAAAACUUUUUUAUAAUCGAUCGUUUAAAUAACCAUUCUGCCACUCUUCUUGAGCGUACUAAUACCACAUUGGAAACGGAUACAAUUACCGGUCCAAGUGUUGCAAAUGAUCUUGUGUGUCACGAAGAGCGUCCGUUUUUACCUUUAGAAUUCUCCUCUUCUAAAGACAAUCGGAAUUCUUGUUAUGAUGAUACUAAUGUUCUUCAUCAACAAUUUUUAGAUACUCUUAACUGUCUUAUGGAAACGUGUGAAAUGCAAACAGAUGCACUGUCGAGUGGUGAAGCGAAAUUUAUAUUCCUUCUUAAUACUAAACUUAUUCAAAAACGUCUUGUAUCAGAAGAUCGACAAAAAUUGGAGAGUAUCUUACAGCAAGAAGAAAUUCGAAAUUUACUUUCUCAAGUGGUCGAGCAUCAAAUGAAAUUACGUGAGUUACUUCAUGCAUUUUGGAUUUCGGAUACUCCUCAAAUUGAGCGGCAAACUAUGCUAGCUACAGCUAUUGAAGCGACUAUGAAUGAAAUCAAUACGGUUUCGGUGCAAUCACAGUUUGUAUCCAAUUUGGGUCAAGCGACCUCUUUGAUUAAUAUUCGUGCAUUAUAUCAACCUUUAAUUGAAGCUUGUAAAACAGCUUUAGAUCGAUACCAUCAAUUACGACAAUUAUCAGAAAGACUAUCUCAGCAAACGCAAUUAUUGACGCGAACCCAUUCAAAUACUUUAUAAUAAAAAAUU